UAAAGACUCCCAAAAUCAAGGAAAGGAAAUAUUCAGCUGCUGUGUUCAUGUGUAUAUAAAUUUAUGAGAAUAUUUUUUUAAUAAUUACGAUUUGCGGCUAGAACAGAAAAAAAGAAGGAUAUAAAAAGUGACUCCAUCUGUGACAUAUGUUUAACAAUAUCAUCAUCUCCGUGUCGAUUUUAUAAUUCAACAUUAUUUAUUUUUUUCAUGCAUUCCAAUUUCGUGAGUGCCAACAUAUUUUUUGUCGCACUUUGUCAAGAGUCCGGAAAAUAAUUUUUCAAAUAGAUUUAAUCACUUUCCGGCAUAACGAAGUGGUUUUGGUGAGAGUGAAAAACUUAUAAAAAAUUAAAGGAAGAAAUAAAAUAAAAGAGAGUGAAAAACUCAGCUGUUUAGUGCUCGGUGUGUGCCUUUGCAUGACGUGUUAAUUAUCUUACAACUUCAUUAAAAAAAGAAAUAUUUUUUGCAUAAAAAAAGACAAAUUGUGAAGUGCCAUAAAGGAGGAAUAAAUGCACAUGUUGAGAUUACAUUAUAAGAAAUAUUUCUAAUAACAGAUGAGUAAAAAAAAUUAAAUAUUAAUUUAAAUGGAAGUGGGGAAUCGAAUAAAAGCGAUCAACAAUGAUGAAAAAUUAUGAUAAUUCUCAUCAUAGAUGAAAUUUAAAAUAUACACAAAGAAAGAGAAAUAGUAGCAGUGGAACCAUAAAGCUUCUAGUCAUCUAAUGCGAUGUGAUAGUUAAAAAAUGUAUAUAUUCAUGUGCUCGUGCUCUGUAAUGUCAAAUGCCAUAAAAAGGAGAAAAGGAAAAAGUUAAGAAAAUGUAUAAAAAAAAUUAUCUGAAUAGAAAAUGUAAGCAUGGCAUGUUAAUUAACAUGCUUUAAUGACACACAACGAAAAUUAAAAGUGAAAAUUUCCAUGACAAAAAAUAUAAAAUCAUUCCGAUUAUAAAAAUUCCACAAGAAUGUCCAGUUUUUUUGGAUAGAAUCUGAUAAAAAAAAAUAUAUAAAUUUUUUUGGAUGAAGUCAAAAUUGUGAUCAUCAAGUGUACAUGCAUACACAAUAGUGGACAUAAUAAAUUAUGGGUCAUGUAAAGCAAAAGAAAUCGACAAGUAGUAGCACUUCAACGCCACCGGAACCGCUGGCAAUUGAAGUAAAUUAUAAGGACAAUGCUUCAUCACAUCGAGAGAAUCGUUAUCCUGAGCAGCUGAAUGCCGAGGAGCUCAUAAGCCAAAUUAAUUGCAGUCGCAAUAUUAAUAGUAAUGCAAAUGAAGUAACAAAUAGGAAUAAUCGUAAUGAUAGUAACAAUAAUAGUAAUAAUAAUAAUAAUAAUAAUAAUAAUAAUAAUACGAUCCAUCAAUCAAAUCAACACUGUAAUACACAUGAUGAAAGUGUUGAUGUCGAGAAAGCAUCCGAGCGACGAGCUAUUAGGCAACGGCCUCUCUAUCGACGACUCUUUUCAUUCAUUAGGAAUUUAUGGAUUGGUGCUAAAUUCAAUGUCGGAAAGGCUGGUUACAGGUGUGUUGAACUUCACUUCGCUGCACUUCGUUACGUUCAACUGUUUAUAGAUUACAGUAGGUUUAUAGGUUACAGGUGUGUUGAACUUCACUUCGUUGCACUUCGUUACGUUCAACUGUUUAUAGAUUACAGUAGGUUUAUAGGUUACAGGUGUGUUGAACUUCACUUCGUUGCACUUCGUUACGUUCAACUGUUUAAAGAUUACAGUGGGUUUAUAGGUUACAGGUGUGUUGAACUCCACUUCGUUGCACUUCGUUACGUUCAACUGUUUAUAGAUUACAGUAGGUUCAUAGGUUACUGGUGUGUUGAACUCCACUUCGUUGCACUUCGUUACGUUCAACUGUUUAUAGAUUACAGUAGGUUCAUAGAUUGUGAGCUAGAAGAGUUGGAGGCGCCCCAACGGUAUCGUCCAGAUUCACUAGCACAGAUUUGCAAAACGACUCGAUUCAGUGAGCCAGAAAUCAAACGAAUGUAUCGUGGAUUCAAAAGCCAUUGUCCAAACGGAAUGGUUAAAGAGGACACAUUUAAAAUCAUUUACGCGCAAUUUUUUCCUCAGGGAGCAAAUACGGGACUAUAUGCUCAUUACAUUUUCAAUACCCUUGAUAAGGAUCAUACAGGAACAUUAAGUUUUGAGAAAUUCGUUCAAGGUCUAUCAAUAUUGUCGCGUGGCUCAUUAGAAGAGAAACUUUGUUGGACAUUUCAGCUUUAUGACAUUAAUUCGGAUGGUCACAUAACGAGGGAAGAGAUGAGUGACAUUGUGACGGCUGUUUAUAGUUUAAUGGGACAUCCGCCCGAGGAUAAAGUCAAUGAGGAGACUAUUAAGGAGAGAGUUGAAAGCAUGUUCAAUGUGAGUAUCUAUGCAUCGUCUAUGUACAAUCAUUUUAAUUGA